AUGUCUAGCGAAUAUGACCAUUUUGAUGACGAUCUCGACGUGCCAAGCACAACUAUGGAUUCUUCCUCCUACACUCAAUCAGCAGACGGAACGUUGGUAAUAAUGGUUGUUCGUGCAAAACAUCUACCCAAUCGAAGAAAGCUAGAUAAGCAAUCGCCCUACGUUGUUGUACGGUUGGGUACUACUGCAAAAAAGACUAAAUCCGAUUUCCGAGCAGGCCAAACACCAGAAUGGACCCAUGAAAUCAGGUUUGAUAUCACCCGAGAAAAGAAGCCAUCACUAAAAAUUGAUCUAUUAGAUGAAACAAAAGGCGAUCCAACGCCUAUUGGAAGCUGUGAGAUUGACGCGUCUCAAGUAUUUUCAGACCCUGACAAUAAACAAAAGGGGAAGUACAUUCUUGAUAAAUGGUAUGACUUGACAUUCCAGGGUAAAAGAGCAGGUAUGCUUUAUUUAGAAAUGACGUUUUAUCCAACCGCACCAGUGCUACCACCAAAGUUACCAUCCCAUGAAGAAAGCGGAAUGCAUCAUGUGCAAAUUGAUAGCGGGAGACCUUACGGCAUGGCUGUCACACCAGUACAUUCGCCCCCAUCACAGCCCUGGAAACAUGAGUCCAAUCCCGUUCACGAUGUAUUUGUUUCUCUGGAUGGCUCAAAGCAUAGUAAGCGGUCGUCAAUAUUCCUGAAAACCAGUCAAUAUUUUGUCAAUACGGGCGAAGGAAGUGCCUCGAGUCAUGAGAACCCGGACGAAGUCAUAUUACUGCAGCCAAAAGUGGGCAGCAAGAGCCCAAACAAGUAUAUGUCAAAAUUCAAUAAACUUAAGGACAAGUUUCAAUCAAAGCAAUCGCUAUGGGGUAGCUCAGGAAAUGAAAAUAGUACUAGCUCAUUCUUUUCCAGCCCGUCAAGACGAGACAUUUCUCCCAUUAGUGCUUAUGGAUCUAACGAUGUGAAUGAGUUAGGGGAAGGGUUGCCAAAGAGUCAAAUAAGCCAGAACCAGAAACUCGACGAUUUUGACCUUGAUCUUGAGUUUAAGAUUCCUUCUCCCCCUCUGCCACCACCACAUCAGUCCCAAUCCAAGCCAUUACCAGCACCUCCAGGAAGAAAGCCCCCGUCACCGAUUUCAAAUAUAGAUUUCAAAGACAGCACAUCGAUGCCUUUUUCAGCUGAUAUGAUAGGUGUGGAUGAUAAUACGGACAGCUUGCCAACAAAGGUUUACCUACUAGAUGAGCCAGUCAAAUCGUUAACUUGUAACGCCAGAUACAACCCAAGCCAGGAAGUAACAGUAAAGGAUGAAAUUGAUCCCAAGUAUUACGCUCCUACACCAAGCGAACAUUUCAAUAGGCAGAUGCGAAUCUCCAAUAAUGCAGUAACCAAGGAUGACCUCAAGGUAGAUUUAAGAACCAAUAGAACGGGAUAUGUGGGUAAUGGUAAAUUCAGUCCAAGUGUUUUUCAAAAAAUCAAUACAAAUAAACCGUUUAACAUUUAUGAUGAAGAUGACGAUGACGACGAAGCAAAACCAGAUGUUCCUCCAAAAAUUCCUCAGGGGUUGAAUGAGAUGGAGUAUUAUCUAUUAGACAAGGAAAAGUAUCUCCGUGAUCUACAAGCUAGAAGGACAUGA